AUGCGCUCCACCGAUCUGUCGCCGGCACCCCAGAGUACGGGAAGAGGCGCGGCGGUCGUACAGAAUGACAAUACUGCGGCCUCUGCUUUUCCAGACGAUCCCACCACAGCCCGAGCAGCAGCAACAGCAGCAGCAGCAGCAGCAGAGAUGCCCGUCGCAUAUCCCUCGUCCUCCAUUCUCUAUACACUCUUGCAGGACCUUGGGCUGACGGCAACAGCGCAGGCCCUGUGUGAAGAACUCCAACGACAGCAGUCACACACCGUGCGGCUAUCACCACCCUCCGUCCCCUCCCUGCCGUCGCAGGUGAGCGAAGUCUUCGUCGCCUUGUCCCACGGCAACGGAGCGACAUCCCCCCACUCCCUCGGGACGUUGCCGUCGCCACCACCGUAUACAGCAGAUGUGUCAUCUUCCAGACACAAGGCCCAUGCCCCGACAUCCUCCUCCGUGGAGCCACUGCCAGCCAGCGUGGCAACUGCAUUCCCUGUGACGGCUGUGCAAUGUGCUACUCCCGUAUCACCCAGAUCGAGCCUCGCUGGUGUCACCAGCGAGGAGCUGCAGCGUAAGUUGCAGUCGCACUGUCAUACCUCCCAGUGUACAAGGGCGAUCGCUAGCCUUGCUGCCUGCGCUAUCGAGCCUCUUCUGGUACUGUCGGCCGCCUCCCCUGCCUCCGCCUCCACAACCGCCAUCGCCACACCGUUGCAGCUCGUGGACACACUGACAACCCUAUGGCGCGCUGAUCUGCGCACAGCCUCUGGGGUGGCCGAUGCUGCUGUAGCAGUCGGGGGGAACAGCCACCGAGAUGAUGCGUUCCAAGUUGCCGCCCUCAUCGCACGGGCGGCGUGGUGUGAAGUGCGCAUCACGGAGCUCGUCUUCACGCAGGAAUUACACCUCGCUUACACCUCCGCAGCGGCGACUGCUCCGUCAGCGGCUGGGCAGCCACUGCAGGAGGCCCAACGUGAGCUUGUGGAGGUUGCUGGUCAACUGGUGGCGGCGUUGCAGGAGCUACGCACAGCAUGCGGAGCUGCCGUGGCGCGGGGACACGGAGCGUCUGCUCCUUCAUCUGUCGCCUCAGACGUUUCUUCCACCCAGGUGGGUGUCGUGAUUGCCUCCUCGAUAGUAUCUCACCUGCACAGCAAGUCCAUCGGUUGGCUGCGCAACGCGGAGUGUGUCAUGGCGUGGGUGCUGCGUCGUCAUGGCGCCUUUGAUCCAUCGGCAGAUGCCGCGCAAACGUCAUCGGGGGCGCAGCAGCAGCAGCAGCGUAAGCGAAGGUGCCUCGAGCCUCCCGCCACAGCCACAUCGUCUGAGCUCUCGCCUGACCAGGUGUGUAGCAGCGUCGCUUCACCACUUCUGAAGCCUCUGCAGGAUGUUAUUCUGGGCUUUUCCACUGUCACCUCAGCGCCUGCGCCGUCCUACCAGCAGUGCCUCGAUGCCGAGAUCGAGCGGUCGGCAGCGACGCAGGUAAAGAGCGGAGUGGCACGAGAAACUGAACCAAUACCGGCGGCGGCCUCCCGCGGUGCGUGUGUCUUCUCCUCCGUCCGCAUCCCAGUCACCGUGCGGGUGGCGAUGACGGUGCAGCGCGUGAAGCUGCUGCUCACCUUAAUUAGCGCGCUUGUGUACAACGGCGAGGACUCCAUCCUCUGCGUGCUGGGAGCCGCUGCGGCCGAUCGGAUUCGCACUUGGUGGACUCGCCAGAGUGCAAUGUUGGCGCAGUUCUUGGUGCAGUGUGCGCACCAGCUGAAUAGUAUAUUGACUCCAUCCCUUGCGCAUUCAUCUGCUGGGGUGCAGGCCGCUCCGCCGCCACGGCUCCGAGCCCUCUCUGCCGCGUCCGAGGCGGUCGUGCUUUCCUUGCAAGACCAGCUUGAGGCGCUGGCAGCGGAAGUUCUGCUAUGCGCGUACCCGGCCGCGGCCAUCGCAUCGCCGGGGCUGCAGGGCAAUCGGCUCGCUCUCUGUAUGCGCUUGAUGAACGCGAUCCAGAAGGCGCACGACACUCGCACGGCGCGUCUGGAUUGGUAUGCGCUGAAAAAGUGCACCGCAACAUCAGCAGCAGCAGCAAACACCGCGAUGUCUUCCAGGUCUCCCCUCUCUGCACUCACCGACGUCGUCCUCAGCCCUCUCUCCAGCGCCAGCAGCCCGACGUACGAUAGCGAAGUCUCGCCCAUUACAUCCCCUGCAUGGACUCUGCGCGUGCCAAGUCCGCCCGGCUCGGAUCUGCGCAUGGCAGCCGAGCCACCAAUGUCAUCCACGCUGGCGCACCGGAGCAGCAUUGGCAACGACAUCAGCAGCAUAUCCGACUCGCUGGAAGCCGCCCGCACUGCGGCUCAAGUCCUCCAGUGGAAGCCCCACUUCACCCAACUCCUCGCCACCAUUGCCACGGGGCGCUGGCAGGCACAGUAUGAUGCACCGCAGACGCCCUACCCCGGCUCUCGCUACCACCGUUUGCGCCUCCACAUGAAGGACGCCCUGCGGCACGCACAAGAGCUGCUUCGGUUGCAGCCGCGCUUUCAGGUCGGGGCGCGCGGUGUCGUCUAUCCUCCCCACCCUACUCUCGGCAGCGACCCGGACGCUGGCGUCCCGCUCUCAGUGGUGGAGCAGCUGCCGCGCAUGCUGCAACUGGCCACACUGCAAGACGCACGCGUGCUGCAGAGGUGCGUGGAACAUCGACUGGCUCGAGAGGCGAAGUCUAGUGGACGCAGUGCAGUGCCCGCAGAGAUCAGCACAAUCGGUGAUAGUAGCGGUGGUGCAGCAGUAGUGCCAGCGGCGUCGUUGACAAGUCAGCAUGGCGUGUCGCCUGCGUUAGUCGCACACCCACGGACGACUGGGCUCAACAUCAACACCCGCACAAGCGAGUAUCGCAGCGCAACUUCUGUGUUGGCUGCGGCCACUGUGACGGCGAUCAGGCGUCCCCACAUUUCUACACCGACGGAGGAGCCCGCCACGCCCGCCAGCGCGAGGCCGUCAGAAGGGCAGAGAGACGCCACUCUGCGCAGAGGGACGGGUGCAGGUGUGCGCGGCACUGACGCGUCAACGUUGUCGACCACUGAAGAGGUGGUAAUGACGGAGGCACAAGCGUCCUCACCUCCGUUGCCAGUGCCGUCGGAGGCGGAGCCCAGUAGCAGUAGGAUCAGUCCCCCCGACACCGAGACAGGCUCCUUCGCCCUUGACGCGGCGGCUGCCGGCGUGACAACCUCGCCAGAGCCGCAGUGGGAGAAUGGUGACGAGGAGAACGACGAGGAGGAAGGUGCAGUAGAGGACCCGCAGCUUGACCGCUGGCACUUGCAAGACGAGGAGGCGCAAGAGGAGCUUGAAGAGGUCGACGAGGAAGCGGCUGCCGUGCUUGACGAGGGCGACGACAUUGACUGGGCGCAGAGCGAAGCCCAAGAGGAGGAAGAGGGGGAGGAGGAUGCGGAAGAGGCCGGGUCUCAGGCGUCCUCAGCCGACAUGGACUACGAACGUGCCGAGGAUGACAUGAAAGAGGAGGUGGAGUGCAUCGAGGCAACGCCGGAUGGGCGGCUGCUCGCGCUGCUCACUGCGCGCGGGCGGCUCAUGGUGCUUCGGCUGCAGCCUCACGACUCGAUACGGCACUAUGAAGAGGAAGUUCUCAUCGACACCAGCCUCCCAAACAUGCCGUCGCGUGAGAAGCGACUGCAGUGGUAUGAGUCACUGAGCUCCUUCGUGCACUUCUCUCCCUGCCACCGCUUCGUCCUCGCUGCGGUGCAGUUCGCCGCGGUGGAGCUGAAGCCGAGCUCGGUCUGUGCGAUAGCCCGUGCGCAGAGUGGGGGCGCUGGACAGCUCAAUAUAUACUCGCUUCAUCGUAACGGCGACGACAGCGAGGAAACCGACAGCGACGGCGGUGGUGAUCUCGAGCCGGAGGACCAGAGCAGUGCGUCAGCAGCAAUCGUUGGCAUCCGUGAGCGCCUUCAUAACCUAGUUGGCCCUGUCACCGACCGGCUCUACGGGACCUUCCAUCCUCACAGCGGGCCCUGUCUGUCGGCGCGCUGGGUGGACCCGCGCUGGUGGGGAGGAGGUCGCCGCAGCAGGUGGGCCAACAGCGCCAUUGAGCCGCUGAACAGCACAAGCGCAGCAGCAACAGUCCUGGUACACUGCAUGAAGAGGGGCGAAGUAGCAGGGAAGAGCAUCGGCCCCCUCCCACCUGCUAAAGGCUUGGCGGCAGAGCACAGCACAGUACCGAAGAGUUGGCGUGCUGCGGCUGGUGUGCUGCUGAGCGAGUACCAGUGCGUCUCGGUUGGCAUAGACGACCUCAUUCUACGCUGGCUUCCAGCCUGCGGCGUGGUGUUGCAGCGCAUCUUGGCGGAGCCCGUGCAAGACAUCGUCGUGUCACCGCUCAUGGCCGCCUUCUACGUGACGAGCGACAGCGGCGACCUCUACAUGUACGACGCCUGGGAUGAACGCAACGUCACGGACGGUCACCCCUGUGGCGCUGGCGGGAAUGCAGACUCGUGCAACAUGUAUAACAAGAACCCGAGCACCGCGCCGAGUCGCCGCCUUAUCCUUCCCGUUACGGAGGAGGGCCACCCGAUCUUUCACCGUGUUGGCCGCACGCAGCAGCAGCAAACAAGAGUGGUCCCUGCGUCGGACACGCUUGAGGACCCUGAUGCCGCUGACCAAGUGUACUCCAACCGCUCCUCCGCGCACUACACAGGUCCUGUGACGCCUGUGUUUCAGCGAGUCGUGGACCCGUCGAGAGGGACGUCAGGAUCGCAGCUGCACGGACCUUUCCACCCUCACCAUUCCUACUACAGUGAAAACAUCGCAGAUGUGCAGGACGGCUUCUCGGGCGGCGAGGACGAUGGUGGUGAAGAGGGAAGUGAGGCCACACAGUCGCGCCUUACCAGGGGGCCAGUGCAGGACAGCAGUCACUGUAGAAGUGGCGGUCAGGCGAAGACAGGCGCCGACAGCGUCGGGUGGACAAGGCUUCCACAGCACCUGCGCUGGCUAUUACCGCAUCAUUGGGCGGCACACACACCGUGGGAUGCGCAGCUGGGUCGCCGAAUCAUACGUAACCUGCUUCGUCAGACGCACACAGCAACUCCCACUGACACCGGUGAGCUGUUCUACGAGCGCGACGCGGAGACCCCAGACGUCCCGGCAACUUUGGCGGGGGCAGGUAAUGAGGGCGACCAGCCCUCGCUGACAGAUGAGCAGGGAAGCCCUGGUGACGCGCAUGGUCGCCGCCACGGGCAUGCCGAAAGGAAUGCAGCGUAUGGCAAUAGCAGCAGCCGGCAAGACGCCUCCUCCAGCGACGAGGAUGGCAGUCAUGACACCGCGGAGCGGGAGUACGCGUACACGAACGGCGCGGACUACGACGACGACGACGAUGGCGCCCGCCGUCCGCUUCCGUCGAGCGUAAUUUACGGGGGCGGCCGCAGCCACAUCGCAAGCGAGGCCACCGCUGCAGCAGCGGCUGGGGCGAAAGGAAUACCAGUCUCCGUGCUAGAGUGCGCUGCGCACCCGACGCCUGCGCGUGGGCCUCUUCAGCGUGCAUACUACCCUAGCGGCACCUGUCUCGUGUACAAGAGCGUCGCCAAGGCUCUCUGCAACACCGGAGACCUCACGGAUCGCCAGAUGCAGAACGAGAUGGGGCCCGGUGGGUCGACGCAUCACCUGCUCAACAUGGCCUUCUCUGGGGAACCCCAGUGGAUGUCAGAGCAGCGGCUGUGGGACCGUGAGGCGGAGGAAGCCGGAGCAUCCCAGAUGUGGCAUCGCAGCUCUCAUCAAAGCGGUGCCGCGGCAGACUACAACGACUGCGGCGACGCGUACGACGGCGCAACGCGGCAGCAACGCAACGGCGACACCGGCCCCAACACAUUCGAUAGGCCAUCUGCGCCACUCACUCAGUGGUCAACAGCCGCGCUGGCUCGCCUGCUCCUGUGGAAGGACUACUUCAGCACCUCUCACCACCUCGCCGAACCAAAGGCUGAAACAUGGGCACAGUGGGAGUCCGACGUCCUUGCCACCACAUACCACGCGGACGUGUUGCCACUGUCGUACUCUCGCCUAGCAGGGAGCUCGAGAGAGCCGCGCUGGUCGGCGGCGGAGUUGCUCGCUGCACGUGGAUACCUCGGACCUCGUGACGCGUGGCGCCACUGCGCGCCUACAUCACAGCGCGGCUUGGCCGCCACGGCCCGAAAUGGCCGGUACCUUUGCAUUAUGGCCUCUGUCGGUCCGUACCGCAAGCUGGUGAACCCGCGCGAGCCUCUGCGCGACAUGCCUGGCCUCUACGCGUGCGUUGUGUUCGACGUCUACGCAGGUGCAGUGCUGCGCGUCAUCCCUGUGUGUCCGACGGAGCUCAGCGGGCUGCGCGGACGGUGCAUGUGGACGUCGGAGCGGCACGAGAGCGACCCCAAGGCACCGAUUUACCGCCUGCCGUGCACCGUGACGGUGGUGCCGCUGCCUGCCUCAUCCGCAGCAAGGGCAACAGCAGGGAAGGGCACGAGUCAGUCCUCGCCGGCGAGAGCGUGCGGAGGCUCAAACGAGUUGCCAAGGGGGUUGCACUCGAGCAGAAACCUGCCGGCUGCCGCAUCUUACAAUGAGGGCGUCGUUGGAGAUGAGGAGGACGGUGAGCCGGCGGAAGUGGUCGCGCUCACGAUUGGCGGCCUCGGGAAUUGCGUGUAUGUUUUCGACGCCCUCAGUGGCCGACGUCUCGCGCUGGAGGAGGAAACGACGCGCCACUGCGGCGAAUCCGCUGCGGCUGCGUACGAGGCGUCCGUACUGGCGGCCAAGGCGCGGACGAAAGCCGGAGGCGCGCGAUCAGAGAGCGUGAGGCCAAAUUUUGUCUCACCGAUGCCUCACAUAGCGGCGACGCCGGCGGCUGCGCCAACUGGGCCGUCGUCGUUGUCGUUGGCCUCUGUCACCGCGGCUUCUCGUACUCUCCCUGCAUCGAUUCGGAAGCCGGCGGACGUGCUCGCCUCCGUCGCGACGUGGGGUCGUGGCACCGGUUUCGAUGGCAUCACAGACAGGUCGUCCUCGACAGCAUCCAGCCCAGACCCGUCACCGAUGCGUGGGAUGGGCGUCAUUGGCGAAGAAAGUUCCAUCAGUGUACAGCCAAACCAUUCCACCCCCGACACAGAGACAGCAGUAGCAGCAGCAGCCUUAGCAAUGCCUGAGGCGGUCGCCCAAUCCGGCGCACCAGUGCCGUGGCUGCUACAGGACACUGGCCUAUCGCAACUACAGGGGUGGCAUUUGCGCGGCAUUCUCUGGUGGGUCCACAAGCACCCUCAGCCCUCCACACUGUACGGCGGCGGCGACGACGGCGGCGGAGCGACAGACGAGCGCGAUGCGAGUUGGAGUCUGGACAGCCCCUCGUGGGGCGAAGCAGGCGCGCCUGCAAAUGGCGGUAGUGUGAGCGGGAACAGCAGCACCCGUGCCGCGGCCACACGCUUGCGAGGCACCGUGACGAACGGGGGCGCCUCCAACAACGCAGUUGCCCCGUCGUUGUCGUCCACCUCCUCCACGUCGGCGGCCAGUUCUGCCUUGUCCUUCUUUUAUCAAACGCUGCUCGGUGUGUCAGGUAUGACGGGCAGCGCUGCGGUGCCCCCACCCCCUGCGUCGUCUGCCACGUCGGCUCAACCGCACUUCCGACAGGCGCGCGCAGCCGGGUCGUCGCCCUCAGCUCUCAGCGCAGCAGCAGCCCGCGCGGUAUAUCCCUCCUAUGGCCCAGCGUGGCGACAGCGUCGCCGUCGUCUGCUCGAGCGGCUGCUACGCCACUACGACGUCGGAAUGCUCUGGCAGGCGUACGUCACGCUCUUUUGUGUGUCGACAACGGCGACGAACUCACUGGCGCCACAGUCGGCGGUUCACUCGCUCGUGCAGUGGGCGCUGUCGACAGACAGGGCGGCCACAACCGCAGCUGCUUUGCUCGGACCGUCUGACAGCCACACCCGAUGGAUCUGGUGUUUGACUCAUGCCUCCCAAGCAGAUAGCAAGGGUCCCUCCGCGCCAUCGAAGCAGCUGCGCCUGCCCGGAAACACGGGGAGACGAGAGAUGGUGCGCAGCCAUGACCUCCAGCACAGUGGUGUGGGUGGCGGAGGCACCAAUGGGGGUGUGAAUACCCGCAGCACCAUCCCAUUUGCGCAGAUUCUCCAGCAGCGUGAAGACUUCAUGGCUGAGCUGCAGGCGCUGGAUGCGCAGCAGCAGCAGCAGCAGCAGCAGGCAGCGGCUUCGCCGGCGCGGUCGUGUGUCAGCGAUCAAGCAAAAUCGCUCCUCUCUUGCGUGCGUGACCAAGCCAUGGCGGAGGGUACGCUUCCUCUCGCCGCAAAGGCACGUGGCGCGCAGCAGCAGCAGCGAUCCACCGCAGCGGCAGUGGCCCACGAGUCGUCAUCCCCUGCAGCGGUCAGGCUGCCGCCCUCGCACCAUCAAAACCAGCUCCAUGUGGAGGUUGUCAACUGCGUAGCCACGUGGUUCGAUGCGAAUGGCGGCUUCUAUGUUUGUUGCGGCUCGGAAGAUGGCGGGCUGUACAUCAUGGGCGGCAACGUAACGGAUUAG